AUGGGCACCGGGAUCCUCUGCGAGGCAUGCGCCAAGGGACAGCUGCGCCUUGGCGCCCGGGAAGGCUGGCAGGCCCUCCCGUGCGCGAAUGGCGAUCUGUGCGGACUUCAGCUUGCCGGCAAACGGGAGCAGUCUUCGCAUUGCGAAGAUCACCCACCUGUCGGCAUCCGAUGGGAUCAGACGCACCGGGAUCAGCGAGGUGGUGGGCUGCGCACAGGCUUUGGUUCUCGCGCUUCGAUUCCCAUUUUUGGUGCUGGAACUGGAGAAGGAGCAUAUGAACACGUUGCGGUGCGCGGCUUGGCUGAUGAUGCGAAGAGACCAAAUGGCAUUGGGCAGGGGGAGGGUGAUAGGCCGCAGGGCAAUGCCGCACCGCCUGCCGACAGGAGGGCUGAUGGGGCCGUUGAACAGGGGGAGGAGAGUGUGGGAGUGUCUUUCGGUGUUGAUGAGGCCUCAACCCCGCAUUUCAGUGGCGGUGACGUCAAGGCGUCGCGAGAUACGUCCGCCACUGGGAACUCUGGGGCAGUGGCCGAUGGCGUGGGGGCGGGGAACGGCGCUGCGGGGGACCGAUCGGAGCAGGGUGCCAGCUCUGAAACCUCCUUGGACGAGGGGAAGAGUGCUGAGGCACGAAGUGAGGGAGGGGAGAGGGGUGGCGUGCACAGUGGAGAGGAAGAUGCCAAGGGAGUGGAGGCACCCGCAUCUGUGGAUGGUGGCGAAGCAUCGGCAGAGCUGCCGGCCACUGGGGGUGCCCUGGACGAGAAAGUCAGUUCCAGCACGGAGGAAGGGGGAUGGAAAGCAGGUGCAACUCCAGAGGGGAAGCUAAAUGCCGUGGGCUUGAAGGGGCCCACAGAAGUGACCAGCCAAGAGCCAGGUUCGGGUGAAAGUGGAGAAGCUGGCAGACUGGCCGAACUCGAGGGCCGGCCUUCGAAACCGGAGAACGAGAACCGAUCGGAAGGAACCCAUCACAAUUUUGUCAAUGUCGGCGGAGCUGCAGGCGCCAUGCCUGCGCAUGUCCAGACUGGCGGGGGAUCGGUUGCAGAGGAGACGAUGGAGCAAAUCAGGGCACGUGUGUUUGGGUACCAUAUUGGCAACAACUUGAGGUCAGGGAGGAAGGUGCUCAGGAAGAAGCUUGUGGGCUGGAGGAUCGCCAACUACUAUCUCGAGGACAUCAAGGACCCGCUGUUGCUGGACUUGGAUGCAGAAGCGGCGAAAGAAAAGCUGGCUCAGAUGCGCAGGCGAGGAAAGGGACCACCGAAAAAGGGAGAAGGGAAGCGGGCGAAGACCGGCAAGGCUAAGGGCAAAUGA